AUGGCGGACGAAAAAUCCAACAAAGCUGUUCUUCCUCGGAUUCGUGUGACAUCUCAAUCCUUUGCAGAUCACUCAAAUAUUGGCAAUGUAUCCCUGCGCACCGUUUCAUCUUCAUCCAUCAUCAGCACCCCUAGCAAUAAUAUUCGCCGUGUACAGCAGCAGAACCUCCAGAAGAAUCCCAGACCUAAAUCUCGUCCCGAUGAUUCACACGGUAUGCGAUCUACUGCUCGGACAUCUAAAAAACUACUCAAUCUUCUGCAACUGAAGAAAAAAGCCAACACUCAGCCAAAACCAUUUGUGUUGCGCAAGCCUGCCAACUUAUCCAAGUAUGACUAUUCAGUUUUCAUAGAUAACUGGACUCCAAUAGAUGAGCAUGAUUUGCUUCCCCCUGUGAAAGAAUCACAGAUUAAAGCUUGGGAAUCCGCUGAGAAGAUCAGUGCCAACAUUAUUUUCGACCAUGAUAUGUCAGCUUCAAGCGACGCGUUCGCUAUUUUUGACGAUGCUGACAAGUUAGUAGACUCGAGUUAUGAUGAAGACACAUGUGCCGGUGACGAUCCAGAAACGAGCAUAAAUCGUGGAACCCAAGACAAAGUCACAACUACGCAACUGCUUAUCCUAUCGAUUCCGGGCUACACAAAAGGAGAGCUCAAGGUUAUCAUGGAUAACUUUGCUCAAUUACUUUCGUGCAGCUCACAGGCAGAUUUUACCGAGUACAAUGAGAAGGAAGAGAAGGCAUUGUGGCUUUACCGACAGCAGCAGAGUGCUGCGCAAGAAAAGGCAUUCAUGGCGUACCGAACGCUCUCUGGGAAGCGUAAGGUGCAGAUCCACCACAAGAAAGAGUUUCUUCACAAGCUUUUCGGCUACUUGAACAAUCUUAAUCAAGAACAUAUCACCAACAACACGCUUUAUUCGGCGGUAGACAAUGUUGCAAAUGCACAGAAAGCAUUCCACGAGGACAAGGACGAGAUUUUUCAACUACUAGAAGCCGAUAAGGAAUUCCAAGAGGCCUUAGACGAAACUAGAAAAGCGCACGCUUCAUCAUUCUCAGCAAACGGCGACUGCGAUUCCGAAUUUGAUCCGGUGAAGCUUUUGGAGAUAAAUCUGGCUUGGUUGACAUCUACGUAUCAUCGCCAGCUUAGUAGCAAUGAAUUUGUGGCUCCGCAGGACGGAGAUCCAGAAGUUGUGGCGUGCACAGUAUCCCAUUUGAAGCGUUGUGUGCGGGAAGAUUACGAUCGCAGUCUCGAUUGA